GCGGCUUCGCUGUGAAGGGCACAGGGUUUAAGUGUCUGGAAGCGUUGUUAUUUACCUAGACGCGGUGUUUGUAGUUGUAUUCCAGCUUUCAUAUGCCGCCAUGGUUCAUUUAACAUCUCAGCUUUUGAAACGAUAUUAUGGAGGACAUGUUGCAAUCCGACUGGCACUGGGUGGUUGUGCCAAUAGGCCUUUCUAUCGUGUUGUCGCUGCUCAUAACAAGCGAGCAAGGGACGGAAAAUUCUUAGAACAACUUGGCACAUAUGAUCCAAUGCCCAACAUCUACAACGAAAAACUCGUCAGCCUAAAUAUUGAGAAAAUCAAAUACUGGAUUGGCUGCGGAGCACAUACUACAAAACCAGUUGCAAAGUUACUAGGCCUUGCAGGAUUUUUCCCAUUACAUCCAAUGACCAUUACGAACGCAGAAAGGUUAAAGAAAGAGAGAGAAAAACAAUCUCAUGUUGAGGAACAGCCUACGACAGACUCUAAAGAAGAAGAUUCCGUUGAAGCUGCCAACAAUUAGCACUUAGUCAAAGAACUUUUUCUACGAAUAGUUUCCUUAAUUUCACUUAUAAGGAUAUAUCUAAUGGAUAUAGGGGUGAAAAGAUAACCGUUAAAGUAAAAUAUUUUUACUUGUAUUUGACCAUUAAAGAGUUUGUCCCUUUGUGAAUCUGUAAGAAGAGUUGAACAUAUCUGGGGAAAUGUGAAUUUAAAUCACACUUAUGCAUAGGUAUAUUUAAUGGCCAAAGGGAGAGGGGCAACAUCAAACUCAUCAAAUGUUAAAACUUGUUUUUAUUUUUUUACUUCCAACACAAUUAUUGUUUAAUUAUAUUUCAAAGUUCAUUAUUCAGCAUGAGCCUAAAAUGACUAGGGACAAUAAUUGGCCCCCAACUUGCUUUCAUUUUUAAACAUGGUAGUAAUGACCUGGAGCAGUUUAUAUUAGAAAUACAGUCUUGUAUGCAAUUUCGGAAAUUAUCUCAUCAGCUGGGCAACAAAGUUAAUUUGUCAUGAAUAGCUGACUAAGGGGCAGAUUUAAAUAGGGUGGAAUAACACUCAAUAUUCGACUGGAGGAUGUAAAUCUACUUCGAACAUCAAAGUCGAAGGAUUUAGCGCAAAUAGAUUAAACUAUUUUUUUUCAACCUAAAAAACAUUAGAAAGCCUAUGGGUACCUUCCCCAUAGGCUUACAUUGACUUAGGUUGUAGGUGGCGAACUAGGGGGUCGAAGUUUUUUUUUUUAAAGAGACAGUACUUCAACUAUCGAAUGGUCGAAUAGUCAAACGAUUUUUAGUUUGAAUCAAAGUCGUAGUCGAAGUAGCCCAUUCGAUGGUCGAAGUAGCCAAAAAAAAACAUUCGAAAUUCAAAGUUUUUUUUAUUCUAUUCCUAUUCCUCUAUUACUCGAGCUAAGUAAAUGGACCCCUAAGUGUUCUGUAAGGGUUGCCUGCAACUAUUCUUUCCUUUUAAAGGGGUUGUUCCCCUUCCAAAAUUUUUUAUUCAGUUCUGUUUUAUCCGAUAGUUCACCAGAAAUAAAUUCAAUUGCUUUCAA